AUCCUGGUGAACUUGCUACAUUCCUCGAACAAUCUCUCGCAGAUGACAUAAAGAUUCCCCUUCUUAGGGAUGAGUUUGAUACCUUCCUCGUCUCUGGUUAUCAAGAUCCAUGCACGGCUGAAGACCUAGAGACCCUAUUCCGUGUCAGCGACACUGAGAGUGCUUAUACUUUCGUCACUGGGGUGCUUGGAUCUGCGAUUAUGACCCCCUCACCUGCACUUGAUAUUAGUGACAGGAUAUUCAAGUAUAAUGUUACGAGUGCUGCUGAUAAAUCUGUGAGUGAAAACUCAUGGACUGUGGAGAAGCUGACUGUCUUGUUCAGUCAGGCUGAACACCACUCUGCAAGUUCAAAGGCCCGCAUGUUAACGCAAAAAAUGGCAGGAGAAAAUGGUGUGGUAAAGGAAGUGGAAAAGUUGAUUGGGGUCGAUAUGAUUGCGUGUGGGGUCAGCGGUGGUGAAUAUGAAGAAUGUAAGGAGCAGAUAGAACAAUCAAUCAAACCAAUAACUGCAGCAAGUCCGCGAAAGUCGAAAUAA